CACAUCACAAUGGAUGGUGAACGCUUCCAUGGCUGGACAUCGCUCAUCAGCUCAUUUGCGCAAAAGAUGAUGCUCGCCGUUCGUUGUGAGAAGUGAAAAGUACACAUGUACCUACCUAGGUAGGUAGUCUCAUUCCGGUGGAACGGCGCUCCGAGAUCUAUGACGGGUUCAUCCGGAGUAAUCUCGGCCUGUUCCGGACACGGCAGGUAGGCAGAGGUUUGUUGUUGCCCCUCCGUCUCUCUUCACUUUGACAUCAGCAUCAUAUCAUGGCGAAUGCUACGUCCAAGAAGGAUCAGCUCAAUUUCUGGGUGCGCUUUUCGUUCGUUCGGAUUAUCUGAAUGCGUACCGGUCUGAGCCUCGAUAUCCCACCUUGAUGACAGAUCCCACAGAAGUACCGACCCGGAGAGUGAAGAUGUCGCAAUCAAAGCCCGCUCUACUGAACAUGCCUCCCAAUUUCCAGCUAGAAUUGGCCCGCCUCGACCCCGACGUUCCUUUCCGCGCCUCGCAGUCUCGGAUUCACCACACAUGGGCGCGUACCUUUCACUCGCGUCCGGAGUUGUAUCUUCGGCCGCAGAGUGUUGCAGAGAUACAAAAAAUAGUCACCCUCGCGCGUCGUAUGCGUCGUCGCGUUGUAACAGUCGGAAGUGGGCAUUCGCCCUCUGACCUUACAUGCACUACGGCGUGGAUGGUAAAUCUGGAUGACUUUGGACAAGUCUUGAAUGUAGACAGCGCAAGGAAAACGUUCACGGUGCAGGCUGGAAUACGUAUGCAUGAUUUGAAUCUGGCUGCGAAAGAACACGGACUCACGAUGCCUUCUCUCGGUUCUAUUGACGUGCAAUCUAUUGCCGGAGCCAUCACAACCGCCACUCACGGGUCGUCUAUCGUACACGGCCUACUGUCCGAUUCGGUCCGAAGCUUGCGUAUCGUAUUAGGGAAUGGCCAAGCAGUCAAAUGCUCCCCUUCGCAGUCACCAGACCUAUUCCGCGCAGCACUGGUUUCCCUUGGGGCUUUGGGCAUCAUAGUUGAGGUCGAGUUUGAAAUGGUCGAGCAAAGUAAUAUCGAAUGGAAGCAGACCAUAUUGCCCAUCGACGAUGUUCUUGCACUCUGGGACAAAGAUUUAUGGACAUCACAUGAGUUUGUCCGCGUAUGGUGGCUGCCGUAUAUGCGCCGCGCGAUCGUCUGGAAAGCAGACAGGACAACAAAGGAGCACGUUGCGCCCCAGUACAACUGGUAUGGCGGCAGCGUCGGAUUUCACACGUAUCACAUUCUGCUCUGGAUAUCACAAUAUGUUCCACGUGUUCUACCUUGGGUAGAAUGGUUUGUGUUUGGAAUGCAGUAUGGCUUCAAAGACGGAUCAGUCAUUUCUGCCGUCGAAGAACAGCGCACCGGUUUGCUCAUGAACUGCCUUUACUCGCAAUUCGUGAACGAAUGGAGCAUACCUCUUUCCAAUGGACCAGAGGUGCUGAUGCGUCUCACCAACUGGCUCCACGGCGACGAGAAAUCUACAAACCUUCCUUUCAGCACGAAAGGCCUCUAUGUCCACUCACCUAUUGAGGUCCGUGUUGCAAACACUGUGGGCAAAGACCCACGUCCGUAUCUCGACACUUCCCACGCAAACACACCAUCACUGUACUUGAACGCCACCCUCUACCGUCCAUACAACCAAGACCCCCCUUGUCGCGAACGUUACUAUGAGGCUUUCGAACAUCUGAUGAAAGAAUAUGAUGGUCGACCACACUGGGCUAAGAAUUUCCAGUCAGUCGAUAACCAAUACCUUUCCAAAGCCUAUGGUUCCAACCUCGACGAGUUCCUUCGGGUUCGCAAUGAAGUCGAUCCCGAUGGUAUGUUUCUCGGUGCCUGGCACCGCCGAACACUUCUUCCUUCGAAAACUGAACUCUCUACUUUCCCACUGGAAGAGAAGGAAGUGGUAAGGAGAGAGCGCAAAACUGGUGGUGUGGACUGGAUUGGCGAGCAAGCGCGGUGGUACGAUGGUGGCAUAGAUGUCUUUGAGAAAGGCAGUGAAAGCGGUGAAAGCUUUGACUUGAUGGCUGGUGCAGAGGCUGAAGCCAGUAUUCUUCUGGAAAGCAUGAGAGAAGAUGAUAUGAUGGAGGAGGUGGAGAAACGGAGGAGGGAAGGUACGGAAGAGUUCAUCACUGGAACUAAUGUGUUCAACAAGAUGUGAACAAUCGUGAUUCAUAAACUGCAGACAGAAAUGAUGACGCGGCAAAGAACAAUCAGCAAGUAAUAUAUCUCGGCCCUAUGGUAUCUCACUCCUCACUAGCUCUCCUUCCAACCGUGCAUUCACAUAUCAAUAUAAUUAUGAUAGAAUAUGCGCUUCUACAAGAUUAUGGCGCACGUCACCUUGUCCCUCAAGAAGAGAACCACUUCAUCAAGACUGUAUAAGACGGGUCUGCAUCCCUUUCUCCUCCGCUGAAUUCAUCUUUGCCAACAGAUACUCCCCAACAGCAUCGUAU